AUGGACGGCGCGUCGUGGCCCUCGCGGUGGCCUCCGCCGGCGCCCCCCGCUGCGCCGGUGCCACCGCUGCCGAGCCAGAUGGACGGCGUCACUCUGCGCCACCUGCUCCGCCCCUUCGCCGCGCAGGAGGCCGCGGCGGCCGGCCGAGUGGCAGCAGCGCCAGAGCACCUGGUCGCAAAUCAUUCGACCUCGCAAUCCGGCCUGCCUACUAGAGCCGGGCCGAGCAAUGAGUUGCUUGCUCAAGUUCCGGGGACCUAUUCCACUUUCGGUCUUGCGCCGGACCUUACUCGGGCAAAUGCGAGCAAUGCUGCUGCUGAUAUCAUUGAUCUUACUCGGGCUGCUCCGCUCAGCAGUGCUGCCACUCUGCCCAAGUAUCCGAGACAUGGAUUGUCAGCUAGCAGUAGCAAUGAGCAGUCCUCUAUUGGAGCGCUUUUCCUGAACAAAAGUGCUAAUGGGAUGGGUACUUUUACCGGGGAAAGUUCGGCUAACGAAGGAAUAGCAAAUGGUGGUGUGCAGUUUCAGGACUCAAGUGUCCAUGCACUGCAGAAAUUGCCAUUCAAAUCGAUGACUCAUCAGCAUCCUACACUGCCUGGUGAUCGUAUCCGUGUCACCUGUAUGAAUGUUGGUGGAGAGUUCUUUGUGGGUGAAGCUGGGCUUUUUGGAGUCAUUUGCUUGUGUCAUCGGUUGCGAAUGUCUGUAGCUAAAUUCUGCGAGCAUGCUGGAAGAACUCCAGAAAAUGCUGGUGAAAUUGUCCGCGUGGAGAAUGGCAUGAGUAUUGCACAAUGGUUCAAAUUCUGCAUAGGGGUGGGAGGAUCUAUUGCUAACACCAGGUGGGAUUGGCCGGAAUGGGCAUGUAUGAAAAGUUCUCCAGAAGAACACAUAUUGAAAAGUCUUGCAUCAAGAAACAGUGGAACAGGAAAAAUGGGGUUAUUAGGUAGAUAUGGAAAAAUCACUGGACCUAUGAACAAACCAGCUUAUUCCGGUGAUCUGUCCAUUGAGGGUGGAAGACGCACUAAUGUUGAGAAGCUAGUAAACGGGUCGGAUGAAACAUAUUACAGAAAGAAUGUUGAUGUGCGCGAAGCUUUUACAAAGAACUCUGCUUUGCUUCAGAGUUUCACUACGAUGAAUUUAGGGCUCGCUAAAAACCAUCCAGUUCAUGCAUUGGACUUGAACCCACUUACCACUCCUAGUGGAAGCCCACACUUUGAAGCAAGCAUGGGAAGACAUUACAAUGGAAAUCAUUUGGCCCAUAGUUAUGGAAUCCGUUUGGAGAAAAACUUUGAUGCGUCCUUUUGUAAUCCUAUGCCAUGUUCUACAGGAGUUCUGAACCAUGAUAGUAGGGCGUGCAGACCAAAUUUCCCCCAUAAAACAUUCCAGGACACCGUGAGCAAUGCUUCAAACACUGAAUUAAAGCUUGGGCAAUCUUCUUAUCAUCAAUCUAUGACUACUCUUUUCCCAUUGGGGCAGUCAGCGAUGAUUGAAUUUCAGAAACCUCAGACACAUAGGCCACCGAUAAAUCAAAAUCCUUGUCCAAAGCAAGCAACAAAGAUCAACAAAAGUCUAUCUCUUGAACAUAAUGAAUCAUCCAUUAGUAUUGGAAAUAAGAAGCAACCACUUGAAGUUGUUAAUGGCACGAAGCAUUCUGAAGGUGAUGAGCUUACGGACGAUACAUCCAAGAAUUCAUUUAUCUCAUUAUUUCUUUCACACCUUGAGAGGAAUAAUACACCUGAACCCAUCGAUGACAUUCUCAACAGUAAUGAGCACUAUCUUCCUAAGGCCCUGGAUGUUGCAUGUGGUUCUGAUCAUCCAGAAAGUGCCACUAGACAGACUGAAACUAUGGCGGCUAAUGAUAAUCACUCAAAGUUGACCUCAGCCAUUGUUCAUAUGAAAAGGAGAUCAGAGGGCAUUUCUCUUUCAGCGGCUUCUUCUGGAUAUAAUCCUCAAGAUGCAUCCCAUGCUAAGAGUCAGGAACAUUUGAUUCAUGGUGAUUCCCUGUCACAUUUGCUGCCUAGUCAACCUAACACUGGAAUCUCGAAAAAUUCUGCAAGAGUUUCAUGUCAUGCAAAUUGCAUGAGCUGCACUCACGUGGGUUAUAAAUCCCAUCAGGUUGCACAUGGUGAGAUUGAGGUUCCCUGUUUCUAUGAUAAAAUGGCCAGGGGCCAUGGUACUUUUGAGCGAGUUCAUGACUGCACACAUAGAAGUUUGAGAGCUUUUGCAAAAAUCAGCUGCGAGAAUGGGAAAUCUUGUUCUUCUCAGGAGCUUCUACCUAGCUUUUGCCAAAAUUAUCAGUCAACACUGGGAAAAUCGAUUUGUGGAUGCUGUUGCAAAAUUCAGGAAGAUGUUUCCAAGCUUGGUUUUAUACCUGGUCACUUGUGCAGAACUCAUUUUUCUAGUGAUGUUGGUCCAGUUCUAGCCAAUAAGCCUACUCUUGAAGGGCUAGAUGAAUUUUGUGCUUGCUCCACUUUUACACAAAGAUCAUCAUUAUGUUCUCGGGAAUACGUCUUGCAGUCUUCCUGUUGCUCAUGUCCCAUUGAUGGACUGCACUGCAGUAGUUCUAUGGGACAUGCAGCAAAUAGCUUAACAAAAUACUCUCUAUAUGAUGUUCUUAAUACAAAAGAACGAGGUUCUUGUUGCAAUGGAAGAUGCUGCUACUCUGUAGUCCCAAAAUGUUUGUCUAGUUGCGGCUUUACAAAACACUGUGAUGUCAGAAUUGACCAAAUAGGUCAUGCUGCUCCUAAAGGCAAACAUCAGCUGCAAAUGCCUACCAGAUGCUGCACACUGGGGGAGAACGAGAAGUUAACAUGCCAAUGCUUGAGCAAUAAAAUAGAUGUAAGAUACUUGUCUCAAACUUCUCAUUGUAAAGAUGUCUCCGAUAAAGUAAUGAACCAGCCUUCUAUUGCUAUACCGGAGAGACUGGAGAAUGUAUCCGAAGCUUCAGUGGCUGAUGACAGUUCAUCCAAAGCUGUAGCAGAGAAAAAGGAUGCCUAUAGAGAUUCUGUAGUAUCUAAAGGACAGCCAAAUUUUGGUUUCUCAUCUGGAUCGUCCAGCAUUAUAGUGACAAAGUUUCAGACGUCACCUGAAUUUAACAAUGUAUCCUCGUCUACUGCUAAACAUAGCAAACGUAAAAAUCUAUGUGAUGAAGGAUCAAGAAUUGAGAAAUGUUCAGCAUCCAGCUAUGUUCCUACCAGUACAGGAUGUGAAGAACCCCUAAAUAGUUUUGCGAAAUCUGAGCUGGGCCCAUCUAGAGUGAAGCGCAAACGUAAUCAGAUUUCUGAGGGAAGGAGACUGGAAGAAAAGGAUAAAGAGGAGCAUUGUUUUGAACUGCCAAAAAAGACUAGAACAUUGAGGUGCCCUGUUAAAGGUUCUGAAUCAGAUGAUUGUACUAGGGCUAGUUCCCAAUCGUCCCAAAAGGGGGGUUAUCAACCACAAAAUGAGGUUAACUCAUUUUCUUGCAGGGUGUUGAGAACCAAGCGGAAACAUCCUAUUAUGCAUCUGAAUAAGCCUGUGAAACGGCUUCACAGCCAGAACAAGUUUUUCGAAGGUGAUGAGCAACCAGAUGCCAAGGGCAAUUUUCUCGGUGGAUUAAAUUCCUCUGAUAUAAAAAGGCUAGUAGAGGAUAUGAGCACUCCGGAUAGAACAAAACAUCACCAGGAAGGGAGUCGAGCAUUUGUCCGCAAACUGCCUAAAUAUGUGUCUCUGAAUUGCAUUGUUAAUGAACCUAACACUAACAGUGAAGGUGCUUGCAGUGGAAGUGGUGGGAUUGAUUCUAGUUUAAUUGCUACAGGGAUUACAAACGAUAACCGGAAAUCUCCCAAAAUUGUUCCUCUCAGUCUGGUUCUUAAAAAGGCUAAGAGAUGCCAUGCUGUUAAACUCUGUAAGACAGAAAGCACCCACUUGUAUGAGGAGAAAAGCUCAGAUUGUUCUGUGAACAGCUCAGAUUAUUCUAUAGAUAAGUAUUCCGUUGAUGAUGAAAAUUGCAGUCCACAAGCUGAAUAUGAACUGCAGGAUUCCAAAAGGAGUAGGUAUUCAUCUAAUGAUUUGAGGUCACAUGUGGCUCACCACAAAAGAACAUCUAGUGGGACUAAGAAUCGAAGAACAAGUGUAUCUCUUACUAGGAUUAGGAGGCAUAAGAAAUUCGGAAGCAAAUCAGCAUGCUAUCCUGGCAGUGACAAAGACAAUGCUGCGCUAGCCCAGGAAGUGAAUGCUAGGAGAUACAGUGGAAGGCUCAGCUCAGAUGCUCCAUGCUGUGUUUGUGUGAUCUCAGACCUGGAGCCUUGCAAUCGAUUGAUAGAGUGCAGCAAGUGCUAUAUCAAAGUGCACCAAGCCUGCUAUGGUGUUCUAAAAGUUCCUAGAGGUCAAUGGUUUUGCAGACCCUGCAAGACUAAUACCAUGAACACAGUCUGUGUGCUGUGUGGUUAUGGAGGUGGAGCUAUGACAAGGGCACUGAAAACCAAGAACAUUCUGAAAAGUUUGCUCAAAGGUUUGAUGACUACAGAAAGACCAGAAAAUUAUGUUGAUUCCUUAGGAAAUGCAAGCAGUGAGUGUACAAGCUUGCGAAAUGCAGUAGACAGUGCACAUGGGGAUAGCAUUAUGAAUGCUGAGAACAUCACCAGCAAUUCCUGGACCUCUGUUAAACACAAUUCGAGUUUGCUUGGACCACGAACAAUGCAGUGGGUUCACAUGGUCUGUGGGCUGUGGACACCUGGCACAAAAUGCCCAAAUGCCACCACAAUGAGCGCUUUUGAUGUUUCAGGUGCUUCACCUGCCAAGAGAAAUACUGCAUGUUCAAUAUGUGACAGAACUGGGGGCUCAUUUAUCAAGUGCCGAGAUGUAAAUUGUUUGGUACUCUUUCAUGCUUGGUGUGCACAUCAGAGGGGUUUGCUGCAAAGUGAGCCUGAAGGUGAGCACAAUGAAAAUGUUGGCUUUUAUGGGCGAUGCAUGGAUCAUGCCAUUGAUUUUUCUAGUCACGUUAAUCCUAAGAAAGAAUACUUGAGAAGCAACAAUUGGACAUGUGCACGUACAGAGGGUUUUAAAGGCCGAAAGGGAGAAGGCUUUUCUGAUAGUAGCCAUAAGAAAUAUGAAGAGUACAGUGGUGAGUUCAGUGUUUCCCAAGAACAGAUAAAUGCUUGGGUACGCAUAAAUGGUUCAAAGCCUUGUGGAACAGGACAGAAGGAGUACAUCCAUUACAAGCAGUUAAAAGGGUGGAAGCAUUUGGUUGUGUACAAAUCUGGCAUACAUGGACUUGGUCUAUACACAUCAGUCUUUAUUCCACGCGGCUCUAUGGUUGUAGAGUAUGUGGGUGAAAUUGUUGGGCAACGGGUUGCUGACAAAAGAGAGAUCGAAUACCAGUCUGGGAAACGGCAACAAUAUAAGAGUGCAUGUUAUUUCUUUAAGAUUGACAGGGAGCAUAUUAUUGAUGCCACCCGCAAAGGUGGGAUUGCAAGAUUCGUCAAUCAUUCAUGCCAGGGCCUUCAUCCAGUUACUGCUUAUUAUUCUAAUGUAUGCUUUUAUAUUCAUUCAAUUCGUUCAAUCUUUGUUGGAUCAGCCAAACUGCGUUGCGAAAAUAAUCUCAGUCAGGAAUGA